AGUACAGUGGGGCCAACAGAACGGCGUAACAUUCGCGGCUAUCUUCACGUUGGCCGUGCGCCACAAACAGCCGCAGUAUCGACAAACGUUCACAAAACGUUUAGACGUAACAACCAUAGUGUCAUUUCUCUUCUUAUUUCAUUAACUACACCAUUCAAAACUUCAAUUUUCCUUCGUUUCUAGUUGUAUAAGUGUUAAGUGUUACCAUUAUUAUGUUAAAAUAAUGCAUAGUGCCGCAUAAUAGUACAUAUUUUGAAGCAAUUACGUAAUGGGAAUUAUGCUAGACAAGUUUAAAGUUUUGCCCUGAAAUUCAACAUGGCCGCUGACACAGGGAUGGAUACUUGCCCCAGUCCGGAAAUCACGGACUCGAGGAAACGGCCGCUCGACGGCGACUCGGAGAAUGGAGACGUAAAGAGAUCACACUUUAGCUCGGUGCAAGACUUGGUGACCGCGUUGCCUCUGGCCAACGGCCAUGGCAAUAUAACGUCUCAUUUCGCCGUGGAGCCGACAUACCACUUCAAGGUGCUGGUGCCGUCCAUGGUGGCCGGCGCCAUCAUCGGCAAGGGUGGCGAGACCAUCGCCCAGCUGCAGAAGGACACUGGCGCCAGGGUCAAGAUGUCCAAAUCCCAUGACUUCUAUCCUGGUACAACGGAACGAGCAUGCCUCAUCACGGGCUCCGUCGACGGCAUCAUGGUGGUGCUGGACUUCAUCAUGGACAAGAUCAAGGAGAAGCCCGAGCUCGUCAAACCCUUCCCGGAGGGCGUCGAUACCAAGAUGCCUCAGGAUAGAGAUAAGCAGGUGAAGAUCCUGGUGCCAAACUCCACGGCCGGCAUGAUCAUCGGCAAGGGCGGUAACUACAUCAAGCAGAUCAAGGAACAGAGUGGUAGCUACGUGCAGAUCUCGCAGAAGGCUAAGGAGCUCUCGCUGCAGGAGCGGUGCAUCACUGUCGUGGGUGAAAAAGAGAACAACAAGAAGGCCUGCCUGAUGAUCCUACAGAAGGUGGUGGACGACCCUCAGUCCGGGUCGUGUCCCAACGUGUCGUACGCGGACGUGGCCGGGCCGGUCGCCAACUACAACCCGACCGGCUCGCCGUACGCCGUGCCCACCGCUGAGGUGAAAGAGAACCACGGUCUGGCAGGCGGCGUGGGGUCGGUGGGGUCGGUGCUGGUGAACGGCGGCGGCGUGGGGUCGGUGGGGUCGGUGGGCGCGGUGGGCGCGCUGUCGCUGUCGCUGUCGCUGGCGCCGCCCGGCCAGGGCGCCGCCGCGCCGCUCUCGCAGCACACGCUCGACAGCAUCAAGGCGGCGCUGCGACAGGCCGGGUACAGCGACGCCGGAGUGAGCGAGAUCGGGGCAGCCCUAGCUUUGCUUGUGAAGCACGGCGUGCUGGGGCUGGCGCUGCCGGCCGCGCUGCCGGCGCCGCCGCUGUCCGCCGCCUACUUCCCGCUGCCCGCGCAGGACCCGCCCGCGGUCUUCGGGCCCAUCGGACAAGUGCCGCUCGGUAUGUACUCAGGCGGCGCGCGCGGCGGCUCGCUAGAGCGUUUCGCGGAGGUUGCAUUCGAGGCGCUUCGCCCCCCAGCCGUGGCGCCCAUCUCGCUGUCGGCCGGCGUGGGCGGCGUGGGCGGCGUGGCCGGCUUCCCCUCCGCCUCGCUGCUGCCGCUCUCCAAGAGCCCCACGCCCGCCGACGCCGGCGCCAAGGACUCCAAGAACGUCGAGAUCGCCGAGGUCAUCGUCGGCGCCAUACUAGGUCCUGGCGGGCGCAGCCUGGUGGAGAUCCAGCAGAUGUCGGGCGCCAACAUCCAGAUCUCGAAGAAGGGCACGUUCGCGCCGGGCACGCGCAACCGCAUCGUCACCAUCAGCGGCUCCGCCACCGCCAUCAGCAACGCGCAGUACCUCAUCGACCAGAAGAUCCAGGAGGAGGAGCUCAAGCGCACCCGCCACAACGCCAUCUCCGGCCUCAUGCAGUAGCACUCUAGUCACCGGCCGACACUUACCUGACUCUAGUUAAGAAGUUUUGUUUUGUUUACCUGACGGAGGAUAUAAUUUAUGCAGCUCUCGCCGCGCGUCGCCCCGCCGCGUGGCGACACGGUUACCGUCCGGCGGCCGCGUCCCGCUCCGCGCGGAACUGCACUGUGGCGACGCGGACCGCCCGACACUAUAUAUUUUACGUUUCUUAUCGUGAUGACAAGUAAUUAUUUUGUUCUGCCUAGCAGACGGUUAUUGUUGUUUAAGAUAUAAUAAUGAAAUAUUGUGAUAUCUCCUAUCACGGAAAUUCCUAUUCCAUACACAUAUUAUUUUUGUAUAUUAUUCACCACAGCAUACGUUUUGUUUAUUUACAAAGUUGAUUUCAUUGUAAAUGUUACCAUUGAUAAGUUAUUUUUCUUUAGUUUAUUAGGAUUAGUGAUGUGGUCGAUUGAUAAAUCUAUCGAUGCGGUAACUCUCAUAGGGAGACGUUAUCGAUACCCUUCGCGACACUACGGGAGUUUAGGAGCUAUAUCCUACCAAAGUUGUUUUAUUUACUGACGCAUAAUGAGUAGCAUCGACUUGGGUACAGCGUUUAUAUGCGUACCGAUGGUAUCGAGAUGGAUUGUGAACGUCACAAGCCGGAGUUAGUUGGAACAGAGCAGUCGCGCGGACUAUGCACCUGCCGUAACACAGUUACCGGUCAGGUGGAGAGUCGGCGCGAGUGCUGCCGGCACAAGUCGGUGCCGCGCGAGUGCUGCCGGCACAAGUCGGUGCCGCGCGAGUGCUGCCGGCACAAGUCGGUGCCGCGCGAGUGCUGCCGGCACAAGUCGGUGCCGCGCGAGUCACUGCACUCACUCGCUCACUCACUUCGCUUUGUCAAGUGUCACCCGAGUUUGUUUCUCCCGAUCUGGCUAGCAGAGUUCUUCAUUCCUGAUUUCUCUCGGUAAAGAUCUUUAUUUUUUUAUACAUUUAUAAACAAAAUAAUAAUUAUCUAAUCGUUUUAAAUUUUAUUUUUAUUAGGAAAGUUUCAUAGUUAUUGAUUUGUUGUCGGUCUAAAUUUGUCUUACGAUAUAAGUACAAUUUAAAUAAUAAUGAAAUGCAUGUCCAGAAUAGUAGAUGAAAUAAUAAUAAAAAAUAUUUUAAACAUUUUAAAUGCAGAUUUCUAUAUAUCGAGAUGACAAUAUAAAUGAUAUAUUCUUAUUUACAGUUACGAUAUGAUUGAAUAUUUUAUUUUUUGCGCCGUCGUUUUACCAAGACGUUCUUUAGUGUCUGUUAGAGUCCGCGCGGCGACGACUUCUAGUGGCACGACCCGCGUCAGUGGAACCUGCGUUACAACAUGUUGCAACGUGAUGUUAAUGUCUAGAAGUCGUGGCCGUGCGCAGUACGUUAGAUUUACAUAAUAUUAUAAACUGUGAUUGUUUUCGUCGACAUUGUCAAGGUACUACGUGUCAGUCUCCACUUAGAGUAGAAGCCGUUCGGCACUUCGCCGGAGGGUAGUUAUAAGUUGUGUUCGUUUACCUCAGAAGUGCCAUCGUUCUAGAUACAGGAAUAGUGAGGUGAGCCUUAUCACAUCUUCAGUGUUCGCAGGCGACGGUCACUCCGCUUCUUGUUACUGUUGGAGCGAUAUAAUAUGUAGUUACAUUAACGUUUGAAGCUGCUGACAGUACAGUGAAGCGGAGUCUCGCUAUAAAUUAUUUUUGUGUACACCUCCGGCCCCACGUUGGGCGCCAGCAAUACGUUACAAGUUAAUACGCAAAUAACUAAUGGGUGAUAACUUCUUACGAAGGCAGUGAAUACUAUCAAAUGUGAAUAAACGUAUGAAGUACAAAAAGAAACGUAAUCAUAAUAAAAAAUAUAAUAAUUCGAAAUCGGCUUAAUGAUGAAAGUUAAUGUACGAUAGUGUUUAAGAAAUCGGAAUUGAGAGACAAUUUCUCAGCUAAUUCAUUCACAAUUACGCGAUUAUUAAUUAAUUAAUAAAUAAAAAGUAUAUAAAUAUUUUUAACUAAUUAACUAUUAGGGAAGUGAGCACGCUCGAUUCGCCAUAACCUCGUACUUCCGUGAAAAGUGAAAUAAUAGUGAAUAUAAGGUUGUUGUAAGUAGUGUGGCUCGCUCCGAGGCGUUGUUACUGCUCUAUUACAUAUAUACGUGUGUUAUGUAGUUACCGCGGAGUAGUGGCAUUACCUAGCUAGUUCAUAUUAUAUAUUCAAUCUUUAACGUAUAGGUAACGCUGUUCGAUACAUUUCUGGUGUUUUUCGAAUUUUUCUCAUCUAAACUAUGUAUAUGGGGGUAGGAACAGAUAUCGUCUUGUGUCAAUUAAUAAAUGUCUGUUUGUGCGUUCGCGGUGGCUACACUAUGGAAAUAAGCUGAGAACUGAACGGUUACUGGAAGUAUAUGGAACGUGCGCGUUUCCGACUAAGCAUAAUAUAAUCGAGUAGAAUUGAUUAAUGAACUGAUUUUUAACGAAUGAACUGUGUGAUUAGAUAAUGAUAGUGUAACUGUCGGGGUGGGGUAGCGCGUCGUGCUGUCGCGAACACACAGACCGGUCCGGUCCGGUCCGGCCCGGGCCGCCUGUCACGUCGAUUUAACAAGCUCAAUUUUAUCCGAACUAAAUCGAUUAGUCGGUACGUAUAAGUCAAAUGCGUCAAUUAAACAAUUGUAUGGUUUCCAAAGAAUGGUGUAUCACUUCACGGUUCGGGCGAGCUCUGGGGGAAGACAUAGUUUCCGACUCGUUUCUUCACACUCUCUCUCUCUUUGCUAAGUUACUUGCCUGCGUGGCGCGGCGGCCGCCGUGUGCCAGUCGGCACAUUCCGGCUAGGCUUAAGUGUUUCUCGUAGCGCGGAGUGCCCACACGCACUCUCUCAUGUUGCUAAGGAAGUAAAGGCGCUGUUCCACUGCUGCGUAGGCGCGCCACAUGAGCACGCAGUCAUGUUAGAGCUGGUCGCGCUACGGACUUCACGAGCACGUGCCCGUACGCAGUGGAGCAGCGCGGGCGUCUGCUGACAGCACCUGGUGUAGUGCUAUGCUCGCUGUACAAACCGCGUAUUGUGGACACACGCCGACCGCCGCGCCGACAUCCUAAUAGUUAUCAAUGGAAUUCUAGUUAGUUAUAAUUAACAUAUUUAAAAAUCAAUAUAAUGGGUAUAAUUAGAUAAUUUUUAAAUUAAAAUUACUGGGAAAAUGUUAAUGUUGUUAUACUGAAGUUGUUACAAUAUUUGAGAGUAUAUUAACGUGAAUACAAAAUAAUAAUUUUAGUGCGGUAAUCAUAAUCCGGAUGAAGUUUAUCGCGUGGAAAGAUAAUAAAUAGUGCAACGUCCCGAGUACUUGUGUUAGUGCAUGCGUAGAGGCGCCGCCAGCCGUGGCCCGCACGGGCUGCCCUGUGCCGCCCGCCCCGCACGCGGCGCCGCCCGCACCCGCACGCUCCCGCCUCCCACUCCCGCACUUUACCCAUCAUUAUGUAAUGCUGUUACGGUUAAGGAAUUUCAAUGUUGUAGGAUAAGGUAGCUAGUUGUCAUUGUUCAUCGUACGGAACCGCAGAGGUUCGGUCAGCCGCGGCCGGCGCGGAGACAGCCCGCCGGCCGCCCUCAUCCUCCCAUUUUAAUUUUAAUAGCUAAAUGUUGUUGAAUUUGUUGAUAGAGUGGUUUAUUGUAAUUACUAUAGGUAGUUUAGUGGGUAUACACACGAAGGUGGCAGCCGUUGGGUGCGCUAGGCUAGAGUAAGGUUCGAUACUGUGUUUAGGAAAAUGGCUGUGCGUUCAAGUCGAACUCAACAUUAAGACAUCACCAUAACGCUUGUUUCUGAAGGGCGCGAAUCGCACACGACGCUCGCGCGCACUCGUGGCGCCGCUCGCCACGCUGUGGCGCUGCUGGCCAGUCGUGGCGCCGCUGGCCAUACGGUGGCGCCGCUGGCCACUCUGUGGCGCCUCUCGCUACUCGUGGCGCCGCUCGCUCACUCACUAUCUGUAUAUAAUUGCAUAACAUUUUUUCAUUUACGUUUUCUCCUUGCUCAUUGUCAUCAAUUUAUUAAAGACUGAGGAAUCAACUCGCGCAUAUUGACAUCGUCACGAACGCGUCCCAAACGGUAGGGAUUAAUUGUAAUAUAUAAUUGUUUUAAUCAUUAAAAUAAAAAUUUCGCUCGGUUUCAUGUGGGCUCGUCUGCCAGGGCGUAGUCGUGUGCGAUUCCCGCAGUACACUCGCGGUGUUUACUGUUUCAUUGUUACUCUCUCUUUUAUUGUUAACGCCCAACCUGAAGAUUUCCAUUAAUUGGCCGCCACUGCGAGUGUACGGAGUGAGCGGCGCGCGGCGCCUGCCGGCCGGCGGGCGCGGCCGAGUCGGUCGGACGGCCGAGUCGGUCCAGUCGGACGGACGAGUCGGUCCGGCCGGGCGGCCGAGCCGGUCGGCGGCGCAGGCGCGCGGGCGGUCGAGCGGUUCGGCCAGUCGGCCCGUCGAGCGCCGAUCAGUCGUUGUCUCAUCAACCUUUACACAUGUUGAGAUUGAUAUGUUAUACUAAUUCUAUUGAAUUAUAACUUGUUGCGUAUUAUAAGUAUGUAUAGAGCGAGCUCCGGCUCCGUACGUUAUGUGUAAAUGUCAUACGUUGAUAACAUUUGUUGCUGUACAGUUCAGUGAUGGAAUUUUUAUUUUUUAUUAUUAAUAUUUUUUGUUAACUUGGUUUACGAUAAACGGGUCUGCAAUGUUAUGUAACGAGAAUAUAAUUUUUAAUUAAGUUUGAAUUUAAAAUGCAAUGUUGAAUAAUAAAUAUGUUUUGAAUUAAAAAUUCACUAUAUUUUAGUCAAUGUUUAUUAUUGUUUAGUUAGUUGUACUGUCAGAUUGAUUUUCUAAUGAAGUGUUAUUUUGCAAUGUUGUAAAUGAUAAGAGGUAAAAAUGGAAGGUUACAAUGUCUUAGUGUUUAAAAGCUCGAAACCAAUUGAAAGGUACCUUGAACAUUGUCUAUAUUAUAUUAACAUUAAUAAAUGCAAAAAGGAAA